AUGGAGUCCGCCUACCUAGUGUCGUCCCAUGAGGCUUUAGAUCAUUUCCAGGUGAAAGAGCAUGAAGGUCUAUCAGAUAGCCAAGUCGACGAAGCAACAGACAGAUUUGGUCGCAAUGAGCUCCCGGAAGACCCACCAACUCCAUUGUGGGAGUUGAUCCUGGAACAAUUCAAAGACCAGCUCGUUAUCAUACUACUUGGUUCUGCGGCAAUUUCGUUCGUCUUAGCUUUGUUCGAAGAUGGAGAAGGAUGGACAGCUUUUGUCGAUCCUGCGGUUAUCCUUACAAUCCUCAUAUUAAAUGCUGUGGUUGGGGUCUCCCAGGAGAGCAGCGCAGAAAAGGCGAUCGCAGCGCUGCAGGAAUACUCUGCCAGCGAAGCCAAAGUGGUUCGCAAUGGAACAGUUAAACGAAUCAAAGCAAAUGAUCUGGUGCCUGGAGACGUCAUAUCUGUGGCAGUAGGAGAUCGCAUACCAGCUGAUUGUCGAGUCGUGUCGAUCCAAAGCAAUACCUUCCAAGUCGAUCAAGCUAUACUUACAGGGGAGAGCGAGAGCGUGGGCAAAGAUACAAGCGCCGUGAAAGAUCCUCGAGCGGUCAAGCAAGACCAAAUUAAUAUGCUCUUCUCAGGCACUACCGUCGUGACUGGGCAUGCGACUGCUUUGGUGGUCUUGACGGGUGGCUCGACAGCCAUUGGGGAUAUACAUGAGAGUAUCACAUCACAAAUUUCUGAACCGACCCCACUGAAGCAAAAGCUGAAUGAUUUUGGCGAUAUGCUUGCCAAAGUCAUCACCGUGAUAUGUAUCUUGGUCUGGCUCAUCAAUAUCCAGCACUUUAAUGACCCCUCGCAUGGCACCUGGGUCAAAGGAGCUAUCUACUAUCUGAAAAUCGCUGUUUCACUUGGAGUGGCGGCGAUUCCCGAGGGGCUAGCUGUUGUUAUUACAACCUGCCUGGCAUUAGGAACCAGGAAAAUGGCCGCCAAAAACGCUGUCGUCCGGAGUCUGCCAUCGGUCGAGACUCUAGGAAGUUGUAGUGUCAUUUGCUCUGAUAAAACUGGGACUUUGACCACUAAUCAAAUGAGUGUCAAUAAAAUGGUAUACAUCAGUGAUUCAGACGCACGACUAGAAGAAAUUGAAGUUCAAGGUACUACUUUUAAGCCGGAAGGAGGCAUCUUUCAGAGUGGCAAAAUGGUAAAUGAUCUCGCCGUAUCUUCAAAAAUUGUCAUGAAGAUGGCGGAGAUAUCAGCGCUAUGCAAUGAGUCUCAGCUUUCAUUCGAUCCAAAGCAUGGUACAUUCCAUAGUGUAGGAGAGCCCACGGAAGGGGCUCUACGUGUGCUUGUGGAAAAGAUCGGAAGCCCUAAUGCGACGGUGAACCAGGAGGCGAGGGCGCUCCCUACCCAGGAUAAACUUCAUCAUGCGAGCAAGUAUUUCGAAAACAAGAGCCCUCGGACAGCGAUCUACGAAUUUUCGAGAGACCGCAAGAGUAUGUCUGUGCUGGUAGGUCAUGCUGGGCAGCAGCGCCUCCUGGUGAAAGGAGCUCCCGAAAGUAUUCUGGACCGCUGCACACACGCACUAGUUGGAUCAAGUGCAACCAGAUUCGUGCUAGAUCAAAGACUUGCAGCUACUGUGUCGGAAAAGGUGGUAGAAUAUGGCAAGCAAGGUCUCCGGGUCAUAGCAUUAGCUACCAUAGAUGACGUUGAGCAAAGCACAUUGAUCAAAACCGCCAAAACAACUGCCGAAUAUAGCCAGCUUGAGACAAGAAUGACUCUUGUUGGCUUGGUGGGUAUGCUUGAUCCGCCGAGACCUGAGGUUGCUAAAUCGAUCCGGAAAUGCCGGGAAGCAGGCAUUCGUGUCGUUGUUAUCACGGGUGAUAAUCAAAAUACAGCAGAAACUAUAUGCAGGCAAAUAGGCAUCUUUGGUCCGCACGAAGACCUGAGCGGCAAAAGCAUGACUGGUAAACAGCUUGAUGCUUUAAGCAAUAGCGAGAAAGUACAUGCAGCAAAGUCAGCCUCCCUCUUCUCUCGAACCGAGCCUACGCAUAAGUCCACGUUGGUAGACCUUCUCCAGACCGCUGGUGAGGUAGUUGCAAUGACAGGAGAUGGCGUCAAUGAUGCACCAGCGCUGAAGAAAUCUGACAUUGGAGUGGCUAUGGGCUCAGGAACCGAUGUUGCAAGAUUAGCGUCUGACAUGGUUCUCGCUGACGAUAAUUUUGCUACUAUCGAAGUCGCCGUUGAAGAGGGUCGAUCGAUCUACAACAAUACCCAGCAAUUCAUUCGCUACCUCAUAUCAUCCAAUAUAGGAGAGGUAGUCUCUAUUUUUCUGACUGCGGCGGCGGGUAUGCCGGAAGCAUUGAUCCCAGUCCAGCUCCUAUGGGUCAACCUUGUCACGGACGGCCUCCCUGCAACUGCUCUCUCGUUCAAUCCACCUGAUCAUGAUGUGAUGCGAAGAGCACCCAGGAAACGAGACGAAGCCCUUGUGGGAGGCUGGCUCUUCUUCCGAUAUAUGAUCAUUGGUAUCUAUGUUGGCGGUGCUACGGUCUUUGGAUACGCCUGGUGGUUCAUGUUCAACAGCGAAGGACCACAGAUCACCUUUUGGCAACUUUCACACUUUCAUCAAUGCUCCUCCAAAUUCCCGGAAAUUGGGUGUGAGAUGUUCUCGAACGACAGUGGCAAAGCUGCAUCUACAAUCUCACUAUCAAUUUUAGUGGUGAUUGAAAUGCUGAACGCAAUGAAUGCACUCUCAUCGAGCGAGUCGCUCCUCACCUUACCACUCUGGGAUAACAUGGUCCUUGUCUAUGCCAUUUCCUUGUCCAUGGCCCUCCACUUCGCCAUCCUGUACACUCCAUUCCUUCAAAGUCUCUUUUCAAUUCUACCGCUGAAUUGGAACGAAUGGAAAGCAGUGUUGCUGAUAAGCAUACCCGUGAUAUUCAUAGAUGAGAUUCUUAAAUAUAUUGAGAGAAAACUGUACAUACCCAAACCCCUAGAGCAUAGACAGAAGCCAGCGCCUUCCAGUUUGCAAUACUUUCUGAAAACACACGAACCCCCUCCUACGGCUCAAGUAGGGGAAGGACGCUUCGCAAAGAGGCGGAAAAUAGACAAAGACGGCUGCUCUUCCCGUCAGCACCCUUCAGAGAUUGAAGAUCAAUAUUUGACGUUCGCUAAGCUUGACCUCAAUAUAAUCUUCCCGCAAGGCUUUCCCUCGCCUCUUGAGCCACCUGCCAACAGUGAAAGGCUGCCAGUGCGCCUCGUUGCCUUUGUGGAAGAUGCUCAUAGGGGUGUACACCACCGGCAGUACAUAAUCAAGGUCGCUACCAUCAAGGGUAUCGACUUAUGCCAGCUAACGCUCAAUGGUUUUAUCGAAAAACGCGACCAAGAGAUCGUCCAAAAUGCGAUUUCGUUGUCGCGUCCAAGCCGAACGGUCAGAGCAAGGAGCUCCUUUGAAUUGUCUCCAAGGGGGAUUGAAGUGGGAACUACUGCCAAGGAGAGCGUAACGGCCGACAAUGCGUCGCUAUCGCUAGUUUUGACGGUCAGGAUCCUUGUCCCUGACGUGAAGAGUUUGCUGGAGAGUCCGGGCUUGCCCCGUUCUUUGGACUUGUCACAAUUUUUUGGUGCAUGGCCAUCAAACAAGCGCGAUCCAUGGUCUCCAAAAGAUUUUUAUGAUCAUGUACAUGUCCCAGAUCCAAAAUCAGGUUUAGACCUGCCCCCUCUUGCGGAACUACAGUGCAAUUUAUAUCCAUUUCAGAAAAGAGCCAUACGCUGGCUGUUAGAGCGAGAAGGUGCUUUCCCGUGUGAUUCACCGAGUGAGGACAGCAAAAUCGCCCAUGGAUUUGUACGUACGCAGGAUCAGGAUGGUCGUGACUGUUUUUCUAGCCAAUUGCUAGGCGUCGCUACGACCGACAAGACCCUUGUUAGAUCGUCAUGUCGAGCUCUCCGAGGUGGGAUUCUUUCAGAAGAAAUGGGUCUUGGAAAGACAGUCGAGAUCAUAGCUCUUAUCUGCUUACACAGAAGGCAAGAAUCACAGGACCAGGAAAAUAAUAUCUCGUCAACGAAGCAGUUAGCAGGAACUUUAAUCAUCACUCCUCCUUCCAUCUUACAGCAGUGGAAGGAGGAGUUACAGGCGCUUGCUCCUUGCCUAAAGGUAGCGAUUUAUCAGGGAAUGAAGAUUGAAAGUCACAAGAACGACGAUACUGAAAUAAAGAGCAAAUGUAUCACUAGCGACGUAGUGCUGACAACAUAUCCCAUCCUGGCGAGAGAGAUCCACCACGCUGAAGCCCCAACAAAGAAUCUUCGCCACGAGAAGAGGUAUGAGAAAAGACUCUCACCGCUAACACAGAUCAAUUGGUUCCGUGUCGUCCUCGAUGAAGCUCAAAUGGUAGAAAGCGGAGUAAGCAACGCGGCCAAAGUUGCGAGUCUGAUUCCACGUCAAAUUGCCUGGUGUGUCAGCGGGACGCCGGCAAGAAAUGCGAAAGAUCUUCUCGGCCUUCUUAUUUUCCUACAAUAUCAACCAUAUUGUUCAUUACCUCUGCUUUGGGAUCGACUCGUCAAUCAACAUCGCGAGGUUCUAUGGUCAAUAUUCCAGAACAUCACUCUUCGUCACACCAAGGCGCAGAUCAGAGAUGAAAUUCAAUUGCCACACCAGAAAAGAGUCGUGCUCACAGUUCCAUUUACGCAGAUUGAGGAACAGCAUUAUUCAGCCCUGUUCCAACAAAUGGCAGAGGAGUGUGGGCUCGAUCAAGAAGGAGCACCUCUCCGAGAGGAUUGGGACCCAGAAGAUCUUCAGAUCAUUGACAGAAUGCGAAUCUGGCUUGUGCGAUUAAGGCAGACUUGUCUCCAUCCCGAGGUCGGCAACCGCAAUAGGAAAGCCCUUGGGAGCGGGAAAGGGCCCCUCAGAACUGUAGCUGAAGUACUUGAGGUCAUGAUUGAACAGAACGACCUCGCCACCCGGACUGAGGAACGCAAUGUACUGAUGUCCCAAAUCAAACGUGGUCAGAUCCACGAAGAUACCGAAGAAACACAAGAAGCUUUAGAAAUAUGGCUGUCAACGCUCGACGAAGCUCGGAAUGUAGUUCGUGAAUGCCGCUUGCAUUUGCAAUUUGAAUUGGACAAGGUAGCUACGGAAAGGGGGGCCGAAGAAAGCCCUAAGAAGAAUGGGGACGACGUUGAUGUAGGUAGUACCGGUCCUCACCGGCAAAGACUACGGGCGGCUCUUGAGGUUGAGCAUAUGUGUACCUUCUUCGCUGCUAAUGCAUAUUACCAAUUGAAGACAAAAGAAGUUGGCGCUUCGGGAGAGCCAGGCCAGGAGAACAACUCGCAGGAGACAGUAGGUGACACCAGAAUGAUUGGCCAAGUGGCUGAAAAGCCAAUGUCGAAUCAUGCGAAAGACCUUGAGCGCCAGGAAGAAUCGUUUUAUGAAGCGGCAAAACUUUUGCGGAGGGAGCUGCUGGUCGAAUCUCAAAUGAAGGCUGAUAAAGCUGUCUCCACAGUCAAGGAUCGUUGCAAAAACUUGGUACCUAUUCCCUGUGUGAAGCCUCCGAAAGACCAGGGUGGUAUCCAAAUUCGUGCCUUUUUCGACAGGAUUGAAAGACUUGUUGAAAUCCUGCAGUCUCAAACGAUGCAGAUCAUUGAGUGGAGAAACCAAGCAGGCAUGCUCCUUACCCUCCCAUUGGUGGAUCAAGAAGAAACCGAGCUUCAAGGUGACGAGUAUGAAACGUCAACGAAGCAACAAGACGAAGUGUAUGUAUAUGUUGACGCCCUUCGCGCCCUUGUCUCCGAUCGUCACGUAUCUGUGACUGGACAAGACAACACAUUAAUUGACCAUGAGAUGGAAGUCGCUCUGAAAGAGGCAAAAGAAGGCAGAGGACACUCUCCAGAACUACUCAUACGGCUGCUGAAGAAGCGCUCAGACCUGAAAACGACGAGUACCGUGGGUACUGUACGAGGCUUGAUGACACAGCUACGAGAACUACGAUCAGAGCUGCGCCCUCUGGUAGAACAGUCCAACAAGCGUGCUGCUGCAGAAACCAUAUUCAUCAACAGCCUGAUACAGCAUCUUCAUCAAAUAUCGCUUGAGUCAGCUAAGCCCCUAGCAUCCCUGAAUAAGGAAGUUGAAAUAUUCAAAGAUACCAUGAAUCUCAGGCUCGAUUAUUAUCGUCAAUUGCAGGCGAUCUCAGACACUGUUGCUCCUUUUGAGGAAACCAUGAGUGCUGAAACGCGGGCCGACAUACUUACAAGCAAAUUGGAAGAAGAGCGCCGUAUGAAAGCACGCGUAGCAACUUUGAGAUCCAACGGACGCUAUCUUGUUUACUUACGGGGCGAAGCAGCAGAUACCAGCCAGCGAACCUGUAUCAUCUGCACAUCACCAUUCGAAUCAGGUAUCCUGACAAGCUGUGGGCACACGUAUUGCAGCGAUUGCCUCAGGCUCUGGUGGUCUCGCAAUCGUUCAUGCCCUCAAUGCAAGAAGCAUUUGUCCCGUAAUGAUUUCCACCAGAUUACUUUCAAAUCAAAGGAAUUGACGAUGCAAGAAGAGGAGGCUCCUUCAGUCGAGCCCUCUGCAAGUACGUUAAGCGCUACUGGGUCUGAAACGAUCUAUGCUGGCGUUCGUGAGUCAACGUUGAAUCAAAUCAGGGACAUUGACCUAGACGGCUCUUUUGGUACAAAGAUCGAUACCCUUGCACGGCAUUUGCUAUGGAUUCGGGAGCAUGACCCGGGUGCGAAAUCCAUCAUCUUUUCGCAGUACCGUGAUUUUUUGGAUGUUCUCAGCAGGGCAUUCUCGCAUUUCAAGAUCAACUUUACUGGUAUCGACAGGAAGGAUGGUAUACGAAAAUUCAAAUCCGACCCCAACGUCGAAUGCUUUUUCCUCCAUGCCAAAGCGCACUCUUCAGGACUCAAUCUUGUGAAUGCCACACACGUUUUCUUAUGUGAGCCACUGAUCAACACGGCGAUUGAGCUACAGGCUAUCGCACGGGUUCAUCGGAUUGGCCAACACAAUGAAACGACGGUAUGGAUGUAUUUAGUUGAAGGCACGGUAGAGAAGUCAAUCUACGACAUCUCGGUCCAGCGACGCUUAGCACACAUUGGCCAGCUCCAGGCGCAAAGCAGGGGGUUGGAAGAUCAAGAGCCAGCUGAAAGCCAACUUGAGAUGGCUAAUACAGUCGAGUUGGAGCAGAACCCACUGUCCCACCUUCUGACCAAAGGCGGGAGUGGGGGCGAAUUGGUGAAGAAAGGAGACCUUUGGAGCUGCCUCUUUUCUCAUGCGCCUGGACAGUCAGCGAGACCUUCAGACGAAGCCCAGCUGGCGAUCGCCCACCACCUCGGGGCUGACGCUGCUGAAAGACGAGGGAGAGAGAACGGGGACCAAGUUAUGUAG